CCCGUGGCAUUUAAUGUGAGAGACAGAAACAGGGGUCUCGUCAAUCCAGAAGUUGUUCAGAAGCUGGCUGAGGCAAAUGGUAUCUCCCUUGGUGUUGGUAUCCUUAGUCAUAUACGGAUACUAGAAAGCCCGAAGCAGCAACUUGGUAUGAAUCUUGACGAUACUACCUUAUGCAGACCAAUGGAGAAUGGCCGACAUGAUGGGAAAGUGGAUUCAUUAGAGUUGAGGUCGUCACUGCUUCUCUAA